AUGACAUCUCCUUUCGAUUUUUCCAAUUUACCAGGAACAGAAGAUCCAUGGGGACCUUCUAAAGAGAUUCCUAAAAGUCUUAGAUUCAAUGAUGUUCCUUAUGCUCCAUUCUCCAAGACAGACAAGCUUGGAAAGGUUGCCGAUUGGCAGCAAACGAGGGAAGAUGAAAUGCCCAAAAGAUAUCAGGAGAAGAGAAGAGACCAAUAUCAUGCAUAUGGUGCAUCUGCAGCCAAAUUAUUUGGUGCCGAGGCCGAAGAAGAGGACUUUUCCAUAGUGGAUAAUAAUGCACAACCCGUUAACAAGCAGGCCAUUCUGAGAGGAAGAAGAGGAGGAGGUCGAUUAGGUGGUAUGCAGGACGGUAAGCCAUUUAACAAUAGACGAUUCAACGGCCGAGACGGUAACGGUGGAAAUUUCGGAAAUUUUGGAAAUUUUCAAAGAGAUGGAAAUAACGGCAAUAACAACGGUGGCAAUGGCAGCAACAACAACAAUAACAACAACAAUAGUAACAACGGCAACAACGGUAACAACGGAAACAAUGGUUACAACAAUGGUCGCAACUUUGGCCACAACAAUAAUGGUGGUGGUGGCGGCUGGGGAAACCGUGGAGGCUGGAGAUACAACAACAACCGAUACGGUAAUAGAUACUAUAAUCGUGAUGAACAGAAUAAGAAUAGGGCUCCUUCUCUUAAGAUCGAUCCUGAAUGGAAACUGGUGACGGAGAUCGAGCUUAACAAGCUCACGAAGUUGAAUUUAAUGGUUCCUAAACCCGAGGUGAUUUCUGAAUACGGUUCGGUUAACUACUACAACAAGAAGUAUGAGCAGUUCAGACCGGAGGCAUUGAGGCCUCAUAGCAGAACCAUAGUGAGCCCAACAACAUCUGGAGAUCCAGUCAUAGGUUCGUAUGCGUCUGAAAACAAAGCCUCUGUCUUUGCCACAGACUCUAUUUUGGCCCAGUUAAUGUGCUCUGUUAGAUCUGCCUAUUCAUGGGAUAUUAUUGUGACCAAAAAGAACGGCACCAUCUAUUUCGAUAAAAGACAGGGAAGUGAUAAGAUUCAAGUUGAUGAAAAUGCUCCUUGGCCUCCUACUGAUACUGAGAAGAAUGAUAUCAACAGUUCCACCAAAUUAUCUGAAGAGGCCACCUCGAUCAACCAGAGUUUUGUCUCUAGUGUUUUGGAACCCCACGUUCAUGAUCUUGAUCAUCCUGAAAAUCCUUUCGGAGCCUCUUCUGCUGGUUCUGACAAGGCCGGUUAUAAAUAUGUGAAGUAUUUAUUGCCAACAGAUGACUCAGAGAGUCCUUUGAGUUUGAUUCUUAGAGCUCAAGUCGAUGCAUACCAACCAGAAGGUCAGUUGAUUUCGGUCAACUCCUUGAAUCAAUACAACCCUACACCUUCUAAUGACUGGAAGACCAAGUUGAUCACCGGUUCCAGAGGUGUGAUUUUUGCAGGUGAACUAAAGAAGAACAACAACAAAAUAGCUAGGUGGACGGCUCAGUCUGUGUUAGGUUGCUUGGAUUCGAUGAAGAUUGGUUUUGUCACUAGAGCUUCUCCAAAGGAGAACAGCAAGCAUGUUGUUGCCGGUGCUAUUACGUUCACUCCAGACGUUUUGUCUGCGCAGAUUAACUUGUCUGUUGGUAAUGGUUGGGGUAUUGUCAAGUCAUUAAUAGACAUCAUUGACCACGAGGGAGGAGAAGAAGACUACAGAUUCGUCAUCUUUAGGGCCCCUGGUGUCUCUAAGAUUGGUGUUUACAAGGUUCCUUUGGACACAUUUGAGGAUGAGUUGUAA